AUGCAAGAAGACAAUUUUUUAAACGAACGGGACAGUUUUCCCCCCUACAGUGGUUUGGUUCUACUCCCCAAGAAAGGUGACCUCUCGCAUCUGAAGAAUUGGCGCCCUAUAUCUCUGAUCAACACGUACGCUAAAACCUUCACCCGUCUCCUCAACGCUCGCUUGAUGGUUCACUUUUCCGACAAGAUCAGCAUCCAACAGAUGGGCUUCAUGCCCAAACGUUUCAUUGCCGAACAGGGCCUCCAGGUUCAAUGUAUGCAAACAAUCGCCACCAAGUCCAAGAUGCCCUCUAUUGCGCUUCUUCUUGACCAAGAAAAAGCGUAUGAUCGCAUCCACUUCUCAUACCUUGAUGCCCUGAUGCAGGCCUUUAACAUCCCCCGGACACUCAUUACCACUAUUUUGAAUCUGUUCUCGAGCACCAUGAUCCAGCCGAAUGUUAACGGUUUCCUAUCCUCUCCUUUGCCACAACUACGAGGCCUUAGACAAGGUGACCCACUAAGUCCUCUACUCUUCAAUAUCGCCUUUGACCCUUUUCUACGAGCGGUCAACAACAAUACUCGUAUCCAAGGUUUCUCUUUCCCCCCAGACCCUCUAUCUGGAUCUACCCCUCCUCCAGUCAAGAUCCUUGCUUAUGCCGACGACGCCUUAGUCACCCUGAAUGACCCGUCUGAAUUCCCUGCCCUCGAGGAACUCCUGCAAAGAUAUAUGGCUGCCUCAAACGCUCUGCUCAACUACAACAAAACCCAGGCACUGUCUCUCUCAGGACGCAAUCAACCGCAUUGGACUCAGUUUCUGGCUUCCAAAGGUAUCUCUUCAUGGCAUGACUACCCAUCUUCUACACCUUUGAUCUACCUUGGUUACGGCCUUUUUUCCAAUCGUCAACAACGAUCCUCAUUUGUCGCCACUCUUAUCUCCACCAACCGCACCUCCUGUCAAUUACAUUUUACUCGAAAUCUGACAAUGCGUAGUUGUGUCACUGUUCUGAACUCUUUGAUCCUCUCCAAACUAUGGCACGUCCUACGUCUCUUCACUUUCACCCCGACAGAAUUUGGAUUACUACAAUCCAUCAUCUCCUCCCUUGUGAACCGCAACGCCAAGAUAGUCCGUUUCUCUUUUGAUACACUCACCCUACCUCGUACCCAGGGCGGCCUCAAACUUCUCAACCCUGCCAAACAAUCUAAUGCUCUUCAGUGGCGUCGGAUCCAACCUCUCCUUCAUCCAAAUCACCCAUCACCUUCCUUGAUGCCUUCCCUCCCGGUUCUUCGGUCCACACUCUCCUUUUCUCUUGGCUCCACUCGAUUUCCUUCCUAUCACUGGUCUCUCCUUUUUCCUCCAUGUCGCCCAUCUGGUCUUCCUAAUUCUGGCCCCGUCUUCAACAUCAUUCGUGCUGUCGACUCUAUCCAACGGAAUUUUCACUUGUGCUUCGUCGAUAUCUCCACCAUCCUACGCCACCCCUUCCUAUCAUUUCUUCAACACACUCUCUCCCUUUCCCAUUCUCUAACACCUACAUUCUCACCCCCAUCCACCAUCCUCAAAGACCACCCCACAAUUCGUCUCCACCUCUACGGUUCUGACGUUUUCGAAUACAACUCCACUAAUCUCACCCUUGAUCUCAAACAAUCCUUUCGCGACCUCCCUCACCCAACAUCUACCUCUCGAGCCAUUACCAAGAUCCGAGCCCAUUCCCUACUGUUAAACACAUUUACCUUCCAAACCAUGAUUCCUCGCUACCCCAGACAUCUCUUAACCGCCUCACAACUAGACAUUACCGCCCCGCCCCCAACCAUUGAUAGCCUUCAUUCCUUUCUCACCUCCAUAAUCUCAUGCCAAUUCGACCUAGAGUCACACCAAUUCCGAAUGGCUGAUCCAUCCACCAAGGGCUUCAAAUCCCUUCUCUCCUUUACUCCUUUACCAGCUCCAGUACCGAUCCUGACUCCCAAUCGAUGGCAAACGUUUUGGUCCCUUCGCAUUCCCUUAAAUGCACGGAACACCUGGUACCGUGUUCUCCAUCACAAAAUCGCUACUGGUAAAACCCUUCAACGCCGCCUAAAAGUCCCUUAUGAUGCCACUUGUACCAUCUGUAGAUCAUCCAUGGAGACAACAGAACACUUUUUCUUCGCAUGUCCCAUUAAACGCUCCUUUUGGACUACUGCUCUCCGUACAUACAUGCCACCGCCUAUUAAUCAGAACAGUUACUCUAACUUUAAAAAAUUCCUACUCUUAGAACUGCACCCGUCUCGACAACAGCAUCCUCUUUUUCCCGAUUUAUCUGUUCCCCAAGUAUUUGCCUGUAUGCUACACACCAUUUGGUACUAUCACUAUCAACAUCUUUUUCAACACACUCCUUUCUUACCUUCCAUCCUUCUCUCCUACCUCCAAAAAUCCCUUUCCACCUUACAAUCCCAGGAAACCUGA